CAGCCCAGCUUCUAGGGCUUCUCUAUAUACUCCUGAGAGUGAAGGAAUCGUCUCUCUCCUCGCCUUCGCUCCCUUUGAGGUUGUUCUUUGGAGUUUGGUUGCAGAAGAAAAGCUUUUCGGUUGCUUCCUCGAGCUGUGACUUGUGCAAUGAGGAGGUAUAGUCCGCCGCGUUAUAGUCCUCCAAGAAGGGGCUAUGUUGGAUAUGAAGGUCGAGGAAGGAGCCCUGCGAGGAGAGGAUAUGGGAGGCACAGGGAACUAAAUCAUGGAAGCCUCUUGGUUCGCAAUGUUCCUCUAGAUUGCAGGUCUGAAGAAUUGAGGGUGCCAUUUGAGAGGUUUGGACCUGUUAGGGAUGUCUACCUGCCCAGGGAUUACUACUCUGGGGAACCUCGGGGCUUUGCAUUUAUUGAGUUUGUGGAUCCUCAUGAUGCUGCAGAUGCUCAGUACCGCAUGAACGGGGAAACAUUUGCUGGCCGAAGAUUAACUGUGGUUGUUGCUUCUGAGACAAGGAAAAGGCCACAGGAAAUGCGCCGAAAGAACAGUUUCUUAACCGUUGACAGGGGAGUAGCGAGCCACGGGCGACGACAAGCUUAUCAUGGACAUUCCCGGUCCCGUUCGGUAUCUCGUUCACGUUCUCCUCGUCCUCCCUCGGGAUCCAGGGGCCGAAAACCAUCGAGGUCAUAUUCUCCUGCACCGAGGAGGCAUGGUGACUACCCAGUCUCACCGAACAGAAGCAGACGUGAAGAGCUCUCGAGGUACCCCGGGGGCCCUCCACUGGAUAAUGGGAAGCCGGAAGGAAAGGUGGAACAUUCUCGAUGGAGGUCUUCAAGAUCGCCUUCUGGAUCAAGGUCGAGGUCCGCUGACUUGUCACCGGGUCGAUGAUUGCAACCCCUCUUGUGUGGCUCGAUUUCAGGUUUAUGGCUGGCUUGGUUCAUGCUCGGAUCGGUGUACUACUGGGUUCUGGUUGUGACAUUAGAAUGGGAUUCUGCAUACUGAAAUAUGUAUUUGGAGAAGGUACAGUUACGUGCUUGUUUCGGAUUUGAGGGAAAGAAACUUUGCCAGAAUGUAUGUGGUACUUUUUUUAAUGGGGGAAGUGUUUUUUUCUUGUGGAAUUGUUUACGCUAUGUUUAGCAAUGUCGGAAGUGUCAAUGAGAAAUCAUCUUAUGCA